AUGACUCUGAGGAAGACAGCCCCCAAGCCUAUAGUCCCAGCCAAGGCACCCCCUCCUCCCCCGCCCCCAGAAGAGGAUAUGAAGGACAUCCCAGGCCCGGUGGAGGAGGAAGAGGCGGAGGAGUACUGGGACUUGUAUGGAUACCCAAUCAAAAUUCUCAAACUUCCCAAAAUGCCCCCACUUCCUAGUUGGCUUCAAACCAUAGUGGACUAUCAUUUCCCUUCCAGCAUCAACCCCUAUACUGACCUGGUCUACGUGGUGUGGCUGUUCUUUGUGAUGAUGGCGUGGAACUGGAACGUGUGGCUGAUCCCUGUGAGCUGGGCCUUCCCCUACCAGACUGCAGACAACAUCUACUUGUGGCUGUUAAUGGACUACACCUGUGACCUUAUUUACAUCACCGACAUCCUGGUCUUUCAGCCCCGCCUGGAGUUUGUACGCAGAGGAGAUAUUGUGUGUGACAAAAAGGACAUGAGAGACAACUACAUGACAACAGAGCGAUUCAAGCUGAAUUGUAUCAGUGUGUUCCCCAUGGAGAUAUUUUACUACUUUACUGGAGUUAACUCCCUCCUCAGAUUCCCCCGCCUACUGAAGUACAUGGCUUUCUUUGAAUUCAACGACCAUUUGCAAGCAGUAAUGAAGAAAGCCUACAUCUACAGAGUGAUCCUGACCACUUCCUACCUGUUGUAUUCUCUCCACAUCAACGCCUGUCUGUUCUAUUUGGGUUCUGACUAUGAGGGGCUGGGGUCCACUAAGUGGGUCUACGACGGCAGAGGGAACAGUUAUAUCCGGUGUUACUACUUUGCUGUAAAGACCUUGAUCACAAUCGGUAGUCUCCCGGACCCCACCACCGUGUUCGAGAUCACAUUCCAGCUCGUCAACUACUUUGUUGGCGUCUUUGCUUUCUCCAUCAUGAUUGGUCAGAUGAGAGAUGUGGUGGGGGCUGCCAAAGCAGGACAGAACUACUACCGCAACACCAUCAAGUACAUGACCUCCUACCACAUCCCCAAAGAGGUCCAGAACCGAGUGAAGACCUGGUACGACUACACCUGGAAGACACAGGGCAUGCUGGACGAGCAGGAGCUGUUGAUCCAGCUGCCAGAUAAGAUGUGGAUGGACAUGGCUGUGGAUGUUAACUACUACAUUGUCAGUAAAGUGGCCCUGUUCCAGGGCUGUGACAGACAGAUGAUAUUUGACAUGUUGAUGAGGCUCAAGUCUGUGGUAUACCUGCCUGGGGACUUUGUCUGUAAAAAGGGUGAGAUCGGCAGGGAGAUGUAUAUCAGCAAGCAGGGGGAGGUUCAGGUGGUGGGAGGACCUGAUUUGAAAACUGUGUUUGUAACAAUCAGGGCCGGCUCUGUGUUUGGGGAAAUCAGCUUGCUGGCAGGGGGCGGGGGUAACAGACGCAUGGCCAACGUGGUGGCUCACGGAUUCGCUAACCUCUUCAUUCUGGAUAAGAGGGACCUCUCAGACAUCCUGGUGCACUAGGUGAAGGAGACUGCCGAGGUGAUCCCAGACAGGCCAGAGACUCCCAAGCUGUUCAAAGCAGCCCUGGUGGUUACAGAGCAGGCAGGCAUUAAGGGCACCUUUGCCAAGCUGAAAGAGGGCUACAA